UUAAAGGUAUGGAGGCAGAGGAUACGGUCGUGGCUACGGAGGUGAGGGCGGUGCUUCUGCUGCUGCAUCUGCCGGUGGAGCAGGACGUGGUGCAGGCGGUGAAGGAAGAGACGCUGGAGCUGCUGCUGCCGCUAUGGCUGCUGCUGCUGCAGCCGCUGCUGGACGAGGUGGUUACGGAGGCAGAGGUGGAGAGGGUGCUGGCGGUGCCGCAGCUGCUGCUUCUGCUGCUGGCAGGAGGACGUGGACCUGGAAGACAAGGCGAAGGAGCUGAUGCCGCUGCCGCCGCCGCUGCCGCAGCUGCGGCUGCCGCUGGAAGGUAUGGAGGCAGAGGAUACGGUCGUGGCUACGGAGGUGAAGGCGGUGCUUCUGCUGCUGCAUCUGCCGGUGGAGCAGGACGUGGUGCAGGCGGUGAAGGAAGAGACGCUGGAGCUGCUGCUGCCGCUAUGGCUGCUGCUGCUGCAGCUGCCGCGCUGCUGGACGAGGUGGUUACGGAGGCAGAGGGUGAGAGGGUGCUGGCGGUGCCGCUGCUGCCUCUGCUGCUGGCAGCAGGACGUGGAGCUGGAGGACAAGGCGAAGGAGCUGAUGCCGCUGCCGCCGCCGCUGCCGCUGCUGCGGCUGCCGCUGGAAUGUAUGGAGGCAGAGGAUACGGUCGUGGCUACGGAAGGUGAAGGCGGUGCUUUCUGCUGCUGCAUCUGCCGGUGGAGCAGGACGUGGUGCAGGCGGUGAAGGAAGAGACGCUGGAGCUGCUGCUGCCGCUAUGGCUGCUGCUGCUGCAGCCGCUGCUGGACGAGGUGGUUACGGAGGCAGAGGUGGAGAGG